AUGCGAGCCGAGUGCCGCUCCGUACGAGAACGAGGAGCUAAGCUGCAGAAACGAGUGGCGAAACAUGGGGUUGAAGAGCAGAAGUGCUUAGCCGAACGCAAAUCGGGCGAACUCCUCGGGGCACCUGACAAGCCUUGGGCUGAUGCCGGCACGGACCGCGCGGAGCAAGCGAAAGCCAGUCCUGACUAUUCCUACCUAAAAUUGUACCUCCCUAACUCCGACAAGGUAUAG